AGUUAAAGGUGUUUGCUGGUGAAUGAACCCAGCUGUAGCCCGCAAAUAAAUAUUCGUCUUUACGCUUCCUCCACUGUGUUACAAGAAGGGACUUCGAUUAGUGUGUCAAAGAAGACUAAACGCAACCCGAAGCUUUUUUACAAAACUCCGACGAGCAGAUAGUCGCUGCCCUACGCAGGAGUGUCGAAACCACUGACGCCUUGUGACUCGUUGGGUGGUUGGAGCCAAGAUCGAGGUAGCAAGCGAUCAAGCCUUCCAAUGAAAAGGACGACAAUGCCCCUGCUCCUGAGUUUCAGAGUGUGGCUGCUGCUGGUUCGUGGCCUCUGUGUCUUUGUAGUCACAUCUGCAGCUCCUGUAACGAAUGACGCAGACAUUAAAUCACGGGAUGAAAAUCCUGGGGAGAUAAUCAAGACGCCGCUUAGUGAAAAAGAUCCAAUGCUUCAAAAAUACCAAGAUUUUCCAAAGGGUCUUUUAUACGGCAGUCUUGUAUUGAAGUUUUCUUCACUAAAAGAAGAUUCUCACCGGUUAUGCAAGAUGACAUACGACGCAAACAAAGGAACUUUGCCUGACGGACAGAUUGAACUUCUCACAACGUCAACUAACGAAGAUUACAGGGACAUGAUUCAAGGGUUUGCUCCAGAAACCGUCGAAGGUCACAAUGAAUCAUAUAAAGCUCUAGCUUGGAUUGAUCGCGGUGUCUAUUAUGCAACGAGAGUGAUCUUCACAGACUACAAAUACUGCACUAUACUCAGAACUGAAGAAUAUAAAAACCUGUGCGAACUUUUUGUUGCUGGCCGUUAUGAUUCCGACAGGGUAAAUGGAUGGUGCUAUUUUAUCUACUUUGUGUUCUGUGGAUCACCGGCAGUCUCUUUCGACAAUUUACGGGAAUGUUGGCCGGAAGCAGCAGACUAAACGAAUUCAGAAAUCAAGCAGAAAUAAAUUAGCAAAGCU